CACGUCAGCACUUUUCACUUGUUGCAAGAUAAGUUACAAAAUGGAACAUCCAUAUUAACUCCCAAAAGGCGGGACAAAACUUGCGACCCUCCAACGUUUUGUAACCAAAAUCAGAACGGAGAGACGACGAGUCGCAACGACUCUUGUCAAUGGCCAAAGGUGAGAACGAUCUGUCGAGAUUUUGUAACAUCCUUUCAGAAGAUGUGCUCAAUUGAGCGUUACAGCCAACUUCAUCUCGAGCGUCAAAAGCCGUCCCGUCCCAUGCCAUGGAUGACCAAGUAACAUCGUCGCGUUAAUAAGAGAGAACUCGAAAUGCGUUAAUUUUAAACCACGCAUUUGGAAUGGUCAGCGAUAUCGCCGCUAUUUAACUGGGGUUGUAAAUCUAGGACACCCAUCCACUGCUCUCCGAAGUGCCCAUCUGGCACCACGCGAAUAUGCGGGUCAAGAACUUCAUUGAUCCAUCGCAUGUCUAUCGGCCAGACAUCGGUGACCUAUGUAGCAAAUCCAACAAGGAACACUUCCGAAACUUUGAGAAUGGCCCGCUCCAGGAACGCAUCAAGAAAACCUAUAAAGAAAUGCACACCUACCAGACCGUGGAGCUCGUUCGUAAAAAGUACGCACAGUGGGGCCGCAUGGAGCGCACGCGCAUGAGCAUCAUGCAGGCGCUCGCCGAGAUGGACCUGAUGGUGGACGAGUCGGACCCGGACGUGGACUUCCCCAACUCGUUCCACGCGUACCAGACGGCGGAGGCCAUCCGCCAGGCUCACCCGGACAAGGACUGGCUCCAGCUUGUCGGCCUAAUCCACGACCUCGGGAAGGUCAUGGCCCGCUGGGGAGAGCCCCAGUGGUGCGUGGUUGGAGAUACCUUUCCAGUUGGAUGCGCUUUCCAGAAAUCGAUCGUCUACAGAGACUCCACUUUCCAAGAUAACCCGGACUCACACGACGUGCGCUACAAUACUCCCUGCGGCAUAUACGAGCCCAACUGCGGCUUGGACAAAGUCUCCAUGUCGUGGGGUCACGAUGAGUACAUGUACCGGGUGUUGAAGUUUAACGAGUGCACCAUCCCCGAGGAGGGUUUUUACAUUGUGCGCUACCACUCGUUCUACCCGUGGCACACGGCCGGUGACUAUGACCACCUGUGCAACGAGCAGGACAGGGCGAUGCUGCCCUGGGUGAGAGAGUUCAACAAAUUCGACCUGUACACGAAGAGCGAGGAUUUACCCAACGUGGAGGAGUUGAAACCCUACUAUGCAGCGCUGGUGGAGAAAUACUGCCCCGGGUCACUGCGCUGGUGAAUAGUGGGGGAUGGGGGGGGCUGAACACAACACCAGCACGGAGGUCGCAUGCCGACUACGACAUAGCCCCGUGAAUUCGUGAAAUAGAAACCCAGCCAUGGAGUCACUUCGUCACCACAACCGCGAAGAUUAGUGCAAACCACGGUCGCACGCGACUAAGCACUUAGGUGAGAGGAGGGAUUUUUUUCUCUCUCUCCACUAUCAGUCCGGUCCACGCAGCGGAAUUUAAAUCCCAUAAAACCUUUAGCGUUGUGGCGCUGCAGUGAAAAAUCACUGAUCCAGCCAAUCACGAUUGAGCUUCGGGGGGCUCACGUGCUGCCCAUUUGGCUCCGUGACUAUUCUUCAGAACAGCAGUAUUCCGCGCUAGAGGGCAAUGCUCGCCAAUUCUCCGCUGCUUUGUCGUGAAACUGCCAACCCGGAUGGGACUGCGAGGAGGCCAUGAGAUACGGGUACAGCGAUUGUUGAAUGUAUUUUGGCGCGGAUCUCCUUUUUAGGAGUGUCCCUUCUCGGUGCGUGUGUUUUCUCUCCAGUGCUUCCACACUCAUAAAACACUCGCCAUGAAUGGAAUUCGGCAAAUAUCCAAACUCAUACUGAAGAAAAAAAGAGUUUUGAGACUGGGACUGUUGGUGACUAAAUACAGGGUAUACAAACUUGAUGUGGGGCAUACAUUUAUACAUUUACAACGAUCAACAACUCCGAUGAGCACGGUUGGCUACAUACGGUGCGAGAGAAGCGCGCCGUGGAUACGUGUGCAUGUGAAACGAAUAAAAAGGUGAACUCAAA